CCAGGUUUAUAGAGAGAACAAAAAGAGGAGAUCUCACAACACGAGACAGAAGACUAGAAGCAUUCUUUUCAACUACAGCAUUUGGCUGCAACAGGCUGCAACAUAACUCUGAAGAAGAAAAAAAAAGCAACAAGGAAACUAACAGGAUUUGAAACACUGAUCAGAUCUGAGGUGAAGCUCAGCGUGACCCUCCUGCGCAGCGCAAACCAGCCGGCUCGUUCUGUUACUUUCAAGUGAAAAUGCUCUGGAGAUUAACUCUUGCUGUGGCUGUGGUGUGCGUCGGUGGCAUAUGCAACUCUGUGAAGGCUGAUGUAAUGAGCGGACUGAUCAUACCGAGGGACUAUGGGGUGAAACUGUGCGGGAGAGAGUUCAUCAGAGCAGUCAUUUUCACCUGCGGCGGCUCCCGGUGGAAACGAUCCACAGAGGGGAACAUAGAUCCUUUCCAGUGGCGUUCCCUCAGUGAUGUUACAGUGGAAGACAACCAGCACACCUGGCAGUCAGGCGCAGAGUUCACAGCAGAUAACCUUUCUCCUCUCCAUGUUGGCUCCUCUUACUCCCUGGCAGACCUCCUGGCCCUUUACGGGGCCAGAGGAGACAGGCAGCAGCCGUCGCUGAGUGACUUGGCCCUGCUGGAGAAGUCUCAGCGGUCCACAGUUUUAGGCGAGCAAGACGGGAACCCAGCUACAGCUGACUGGGCCAUACCGAGCAAAAAGAAACGGAACUUUUCUCUGGGUGUGGCAGGGAAGUGCUGUAGCCAGGGCUGUACCAAGAAUGAUAUAGGACGCUUGUGCUGAGGCAGGGGAGGAGAAGGGAUGUAAUGGAUGAGAUCAGAGGGGUGUGACAGUUGUGGAAAUCUUAAAUAUGAAGGAGAGCAAGUUCACAUCCCCCCAUUUGUUUAUUUUGUAUAAAAUGUCAUGUUCUGUAUGUAAUGUAUGUCACCC